CGCUCCCGCGGGCCCGAUGCCCCUCCGACGCCGCCACCGCCGCUGAACAGCAGCGCUGGGGAGAAGGGGCUCCGCGCCGAGAAUGAGCGGCUCUUCCAGGAGUUCGUGGCCUUCUGCUCCAGGCACACCAAGGAUGACCCUGAGUUCAUCUCCUACCUCUCUGGCUGCCACCAGAGGACCAGUCCGGAGUACUUGGCUUCUGUGGAGUUUCACAAUGUCCUGAGCCGCUGUCUGACGCAGGUGCAAGGCAGGAGUGGAAAAAUCUAUGUCUGCAUUAAUGAAUUCUGCACCGCUUUCCGGGCCCAUUCGCAGAGGAGAAGAGCCGUAACCCCCGGCCCCGCAAACACCCAGGAUGCCCCGGCUGCCCUCGCCUCCCAGACGCCCUCUGAGCCCGCCAAGCCCUGCGUGGGCUCCAAGCAGCAGAUCCGCUACCUGGAGAACCUGCUGCGGGUUUACGCCAACGAGAUCCGGCAGCUGCAGGAGCAGGAGCUGGACUUCGAGGAGCUGGACAGCCAGCUUUCGGCCUACCUGCAGGAGAGCCUCCUCAUGGGCCGGCUGAUGCACGUCUUCAAGCGCCUCUGCCAGCUGAGGGACUGCAGCAGCCUGACCGGCCGCGUCAUAGAGCAGCGCAUCUCCUACUGCGGGACCCGCUACCCGGAGGUCAACCUGUGCAUAGAGGAGCUGAUCAACCAGCCGGAGGCCUUCCCAGACUUUGCCGACAUCCUCAAGGUGGUGCAGGAGGCCAGCGACCGUCACAGCCUGGGGCUGCCCAAGGACCAGAUGGAGGCCAUGGCAGCCGAUGCCUUCCGGGAUGUGAACGCCCAGCUGCAGGAGCAACGUCGCCUCGACCUGGUCUACAACUUCGGCAGCCACCCCACCGACCAGUAUCAGACUAAUACUGACCCAGCUAUGGGGGGUGUGGAGCUAGCCCAGCACCUGCAAUGCAACCAGGCGCUGGAUGUACAGCGCCUGGAGGAGGUGAUCACCCAGUUUGCUCAACUACAGGUCAAGAGCGAGGAGGAGCAGCAGGGGGGGAGGCCCCCCAGGUAGGACAGCAGAGGCCCCCAGCCCAGCAGGGCCGGGGAGGGGGGGUCAGCCUCCCCGGAGGAGUCCGUCUCGGGAACAGCCGCCAGAGAGGUAAGGGG